GAAGUCUGCCUCGCCGAUUCUUACCGUUUUCGAUAUUAAAUUCCCAAACAACACUCAUUUCUCACUCUCGUCUUUUGUUGUUUUCCUUUUAUGUACUGUGAACUGUAAAGGGGUGCGCUGAGAUCACAUCGAAAAAUGGUGAAGGCCGUUGCCGUCCUUAGCAGCAGUGAAGGUGUCAGUGGAACCGUAUUCUUCACCCAAGAGGGAGAUGGUCCAACUACUGUGACUGGGAACCUUUCUGGUCUUAAGCCUGGAUUCCAUGGCUUCCAUGUUCAUGCCCUGGGGGACACGACAAAUGGUUGCAUGUCAACAGGACCCCACUUUAAUCCUGUUGGCAAAGAGCAUGGUGCCCCAGAUGAUGAGAAUCGCCAUGCUGGUGAUCUAGGAAAUGUCACUGUUGGUGAUGAUGGCUGUGUGAGUUUCUCUAUCAUUGACAAACAGAUUCCUCUCACUGGGCCACACUCAAUUAUUGGAAGAGCUGUUGUUGUCCAUGCGGAUCCUGAUGAUCUUGGCAAGGGGGGGCAUGAGCUUAGCAAGACCACUGGAAAUGCUGGUGGCAGAGUAGCUUGUGGUAUUAUUGGUCUGCAAGGCUGAAAUCUCAAUGACCAGAAUAAUUCAUGCGUUUGGAGAUGCAAUGGCCUUGAGAGUAAACUCUUUAUGUGAACUACAAACUUUUUGAAUAAAAGUAAAAAAGAAUCUUGUGUACUUUUGUUGUUGUGUUUGUUUUGAGACUUAAAAGAGUGCUCUCUUAAUGGCGGGUUUUGAAAUUUAACGUAGUAGCUUCUUUUGCUGA